AUGUCUUCCAAAUCGCGGUCAUCGAAAGCACAGGGUUCAUCGUCGCGCCCAACCCCAUCUUCCCCGCCUGUCAGCUUCCUCUUCAUCGUCAACGAAUUACCAACAAACGACAAUCCAGAGCACGAAGGAUCGGUUGAAGCACUUUACGUUGAUGGUCGAUGGCGCCCUCCAGUUGACAUCCGCGGGUUCUUCGCACAAGAACCUGGAGCCGUGUAUCGAUGGAAAGAUGGUACCAUCACUCGAGCGAGCGAAUUUGGUUGGUCCACUCAACAACUAGGACAACCUCCUUACGCAGAUGGCACGAUUUUCAGGACUUACAAUGGCUUUACGGACUAUCCUACUUAUUACCGCGCAGCUACCGUCUUUUACUGCAACCGAUUCGACCUCUUCUUCACCGCACGCGGUGAUGCUAGCGUGAGGAAUAUCAGAACUUGCGAUCCCGAAGAAGGUUGGCAUCCUCUUACAUUCCAUCACGACGGCAGAAUCACCCGCGCUGAACAUGCUGGCGACCAAGCACAUACGAGAGUCCGAGAAGCGGAUUGGAUCACUCAGUUGAUUCCUACCAAUUACCGGGCUGCGUCUGGCAACACCACAAGUGGCGGACUGGCUGGCUUGCUCCCGAUUGUGAUUUCGCUAGUCGCGUUUUCUUGUACGGAUCCGUAUCAGCUUGAUGAGAUACUCAUGGUUGACCGGGCGUGGAGAGGACAUCGUUGGCAUGGUCAUCGCAGGGAUACUGGUCGAAUCGGCGGAAGAGGUGUCAUUACCACUGUCUAUCUCGACCCAGAUAAUCCAGAGGGCUCGAAUCCUAAUACCUUGUGGGAUGUGGAAUAUGGAAAUACUCCUAUCUUUCGCUAG